ACAAAAGAAAAAUACAUUUCGAAUUUACAUAUUGGAAAAUAAUAAAAUAUACGUGAAAAAUGGAUAUUGAUGAAGAAUUGUGUGAGUUACAAGUUUCUGAGGAAGCUGGCGGCACGGAAGUUCUAGGUGAAAUCGGGGCCAAUCUUAUAGGCACGUGGAAUGAAUUAUCUGAGUUACAAUCUUCUGAAGAAGCUAGCAGCGCGGAAGGUUUAGCUGAAAUCGUGGCCAACCUUAUGGAUACAUCGAGUGAAUCGGGUGAAUCAAGUGAUUCCAGUGACGAUGAAAUAACGUUUUCAGAAAUAAAUCGCAAGCAAAAUGAAAUUUUGAGCGAAGUGUUGAAAUUGUUUAGCAAACAAAAGAGAAACAACAUAAAGAACUAUUUGGAGGAUGUAGUGCCUAAUUACUCCGAACUAGAAUUUAAACAACACUUUCGCAUAUCAAAAGAACUGUGCAUCAACUUAACAAUGCGAUUCGAACAAAGCGAUAUGUUCAAAAACUUGCGCUCUGACAAACGUUUCCCAGCAGCAACCCAUAUUUUGGUUUUUUGUGGUUUGCUGGCCACGAGGCCUGUAGUAAUCGCGAUAUAUCAGAUCGAUUUAAUAUUUCGUUGUCAAGCGUUUCACGAAUCAUCGAACGAACCACGAUUUUCAUAAGCAGCUUGAGUCCGAUGGUAAUUGAAUGGCCAGAUGAAGGGAAAAAACGUGA